AUGACAAGAAAUAAAAAUAAAGCAAAGGAUCUUGUUCAAGCAGCAAUCGAGGAGGAGAGUCCUAUUCCUGUUGUUGAUAUCAAUAUCAUUACCAACAAACUUACUGCUACACUUCCAGCAAAGGAUUGUUGUGCACCUCCUCCUUCAAAAGUCUAUGAAUGUGUUCCAGUAAUUGAGAAGGCUCGUCCUCUCCCUGAUCUCCCUCUAGAUAUCAUCGUCACAGACAUAUUUACUAGACUACCAGCAGAGUGCAUCUUCCAGCUUUGGCAGCAAACUAAUUCAAGUGAUGUAUUAUAUGACUACUUCACCAUAAACGCCAAUUUUAUCCGGGCGCACUUAGACCGAGGCUUCCGAGCUAUUACUCCCACCAUUGUGAUCCAAUCUCUUACGCAAUACGUGGGCAAUGUCGUCAAACUUUUUAUUUCUGAAGAUGGUACAGCUGAGAACUUUAAGGCUGCAACAAGCUUGGAUCUACUUGGUUCAUGUAAUAAUCCGUAUAAUUGCAAGGCGCCGUUUUCAGAAGAACAAGCAACUCAUCUCGGUUCAUGUCAUGGGUUUCUUAUAUUCGAAUGCUUGCUGAUUCACUUUUCAGCGGUUUUCCGUAUUUGGAAUCCGAUUACAAAAGAGCAAGUAAUUCUUGCUCCUAGAAGAUAUACUCCUGUCCGUGUCUGUGGAUUUUACUUCCAUCCGCUUAAGAAGGAAUACGAAGUGGUUUGUGUACGUACGUCGCGUACUAAACCAAGAUGGGAUUUUCAGAUUCUUAGUUUGAGAACCAAGAGUAAAAGAGGUGUUGGUACCUGCUAUUAUGGUCCAAGUAUCAAAAAACCGGCCUCUGUAUUUGUUAAUGGGACACUUUACUGGAUGGUUUAUAUGUUUAUGCCCCAAGCCUAUCUGACUCAACAUAUACACCGAGGAAAUUAG